AGCUACGACGUAUCCUAAACACGCUCGUUUAGAUUAAAUUUUGUGAGCUUAUUAAUGAUUAACCUAAUGUUUUUUGUGUUCCUUUGUUCGUGGAGUUUCACUGGUGUGCUAGGCAAAUUGGGACCACCAGGUGGUCCACAGAAGCUGCACCACGACGUCGCGGACACACUGAAGGCAUUCUCAAGCUUCCCCUUCGCUGUUGCCAUCUCGGACUCUGGCAAUGACACCAUCUUCGAAUGCAUGUAUACAACCCAAACAGACGUGGACCUGGAGGCGAAAACUGCAACAUACGCCUGGUACUUUCCAGGGCUCUGGAGGGCAAUUCCUUUCUACGUCACAGCAGGCGAAGAACCCGGAACCUUGACAUUUACCGUAGAGGAUGAUCCCACUCCGUUUGAAGGCGUCAUCUACUAUACCGACUACGAAAACUGUGUGAUAGCUGACCUUGAGUACCUAGGGCACCGUAAGAGGCCUUACAGAUUUUUAAUGCAAUAA